UCCCUCUCCUGACGAAAGUACAGAUCCAAGUAGGAACAUUUAGGUUUUCUACAGUAUACCAGAGUUCCUCGUCUUUGUAGUGUGAGACCUGCAUACAAAGUAAGAGAGUGGCAGGAAAUUACAAACCUAUAAAUAAAACCAGUGCCUGGAUUGUUACUUCUCCAUUGUGGUUUGCACUCUCCGUUUCAGUACCUGUUACACUACACCCAACAUUCAGUCAACGGAACGGUAUCUAAGAGGUCAGAAUGUCAUGGGUGCCGCCAGAUUUAGCGACUCUUUGCCAGCCUCACAUCAAGUCCACCAGCUGCUCACCUUCUACAGUUCUCUUCCUGCAACUCAUCUCUCAGCUCUUCGGUUACUCACCAGAUCAAUCAUUUUCAUCGACGUAUGAUUCACUUUUCGGACAACCUGGGAGCCAGACAUCUUCAUAUGAUACAUUCUUCGGGAAUGCUGGAAGUCAAUCAUCGUUAUACGAUUUCUUCCUUGGCCCCUCGAAUUCUUUCGACAGUACCGGCUCCUCGAGCGCGAUUUUUGGGAAGCAAGUUUUCCAGCAAAAACAGACAGAAGAGGAAUACGAUUUCAUCAUCGUGGGAGCCGGGUCAGCAGGGUGUGUCGUAGCUAACAGGCUUUCCGAGAUCAAGAACUGGAAGAUCCUCCUACUUGAGGCUGGGAUCGAGGAGCCCUACGUGGCUGACGUACCGGCUUUCCCUCCCUUUCUUCAGGAAAGCAACAUAGACUGGAGGUAUCGGACACAGCCGGAGAAACGCAGCUGUCGCGCUCUUCUGAAUGGGGGUUGUGGUUGGGCCAGGGGAAAGGUUAUGGGAGGGUCCAGUACCAUAAAUUACAUGAUAUAUGUGCGGGGAAACCCCAGGGACUACGAUGAAUGGGCUGAAAUGGGGAACGAGGGAUGGAGCUAUAAUGAGGUCCUGCACUACUUUCUCAAGUCGGAGGAUAACGAAGACCAUGAUAUACUGAAGCAACAUCCUGAAUACCACCACAAAGGCGGAUAUCAGACAGUGGAACGGUUCCCUUACCAGGAUUAUAACAUUAAGGUACUCAUCGAGGCAUGGCUGGAGCUGGGGUACCCAAAUAUUGACCUGAAUGCGGCAGAGUCGCAGCUGGGGGUUAUGCUGUAUCAGCACACAUCUCGCCACGGCGAGCGGCUCAGCACCAAUGCUGCAUUUAUCCGUCCCAUCCGUCGCAAACGCAGGAACCUCAGCAUCCGCACUCAGGCACAUGUGACACGCGUGCUCAUCGACCCGAGAACAAAACAUGCAUUUGGCGUCGAGUACAUUCGAGACGGCGAGACCAAGAUACGUACAGUCCGAGCCAGAAAAGAAGUCAUCAUCAGUGCCGGUACAAUCAACUCACCAAAACUACUACUGCUCUCGGGAGUCGGACCAAGGAAACAGCUAGAAUAUUUCGGCAUUCAGGUCGUACGAGAUUUAAAAGUAGGAGAAAACCUACAAGAUCAUGUUACUAUAAGAGACGUUGUAAUAUAUUUAAACAAGACAGCAAUAACAGCAAGUGAAGAGGAAAGGCUCGAAGAUCUUAAAAAAUAUCAACAGUACAGAAACGGUCCUUUAUCUUCCACGGGUCCUCUACAAGUGGGCGUUUUCACUGUAACCGAAUACGCUGAAGAAAAAGAUCUGCCCGAUAUUCAGUUUUCCUUCGAUGCACUUAGCGUCGGUGAUUACAUUACUAACCCUACAUUAGAACCAAACGCCCAGCCACUGGCAUAUUACGACUCACUUAAUGUUCGGCCCAUAGUUCUCCGGCCUCGCAGCAGGGGAAGGAUCUUACUCAACACUACAGACCCUGUCUGGGGAGCCCCGCUCAUCUACCCUAAUUACUUCGCAGAUCCUCGUGACAUGGAAACCCUUGUUGCCGGUAUCAGACAAGGUCUACAAAUGCUGUUCACAAAAUCAUUUAGACACGUGGGGGCACAACUUGUGGACUACCCUGUGCCGGAGUGUGAGAACUACGAGUUUGCUAGUGACGAUUAUUGGAGAUGCCUGGCUACAUUCUACACAUCUACCAUCUUCCAUCCUGUGGGAACGUGCAAGAUGGGACCUUCUUACGAUCCUGAUGCUGUAGUGGACCCUCGUCUUCGUGUGCAUGGGAUCAAAAACCUUAGAGUCAUAGACGCCUCUAUUAUGCCUGUAAUAACACGCGGAAACACGAACGCCCCUACGAUCAUGAUAGGGGAGAAGGGGUCAGACUUGAUCAAGGCGCACUGGCUGCAUAAAAGCGAAUUCAAUUAGAUUCGUUUAUAAACCGAAGAAUUUGAGUGCGAAAUGUUUCUUGAAACUUGGAACACAUAAAAAUUACCGGUUCGCGUUUCCGCAUGUCUAACUAACCAUACUAAAAUCAAAAUACCAUAAGAUCCGCCUCAGGUUAUAAUGAAACUUCAUCUUUAAACCCAUUUAGUGCCAGCUAGCAAAGACCCUACACACUUGUAUGCAGAAGGUGCCAUUACAUCCAUGUACAAAUUUUCUUUUAAUUCUCCUCAAACUGAAGUCUUCUGGGAAGAAACACGCAUGUUCGUAUCUUCUGGGACAUGCAUAUAUAUAUAUAACAUACGGAGGAUCGACUCAUCGACGUUGGUAUAUUAUAUAUGUUUCCUCUUUACAGCUGACCCAACCGAUGCUGGAACUAAACGGGUUAAGACCUGCUAUCACAUAUAUAUUGCGUACAUUCGUGCAGAGAGGUCAGUCUGUGCGUUAAAAUCUCGUCUGGUCCUUGAAAAUGGACAAAACUGAUGGCCGUAUUCUCUUUCAUUGCUGUUACAGAAGAUAUGGACUUGUAUACAUACCUUCUCUCGUUAACGCAGUUCAUCGCUAUUCGAAUGCCGAGGCGCACUUCAAAUAUGUGUGGACGCGUUUUUUUACAAAACUAUCUUCAGCAGCGGGAUAGCGUAGUCGGUAUAGCGACUGGCUACGCGCUGGACGACGGAGGGGUUGAGUUCGAGUCCCGGUAAGGUGAAGAAUUUUUUCUGUUCCACGUCCAGCCCGGCUCUGGGGUCCACCCAACCUUCUAUCCAACGGGUACCGGGGGGUCCUUCCCCGGAG